AUGUACACAUUGAGAAUACCAGACGAGUACACCGAGGCUCUGCAGUGCUAUAUCAACUGGAUAUACCGACGCGUCAUCCCCUGUGCCGAUUCUGAGCAGCAGACGAGAAAAGAAUCAAUAACCUUGGCCAAAGCCUACAUCAUCGGAAAGAAAUUUGGAGACAACGACUUCCAAAACGCCGUUAUCGACGAAGUCAUAGAGAGAGCGCGCGGGAAAUGUAACGACAGUAUCAUCCUGCCCAACGCGGAGACAGUCCGGUUUACUUAUGAGGAAUCGAAAGGGUGUUCCGGCUUCAAGACUCUGCUGGUCGACUUAUAUGCAUCCUACGCCAUCAAUGGCUACUUUUACAAAUCUGCAUCCAGCAAGUACCCGAAAUUGUUCCUCGUCGACAUUCUGUCUGCAGUUGCCGACAUGCAACGUACCGGGCGGCCAAGCCCAGCUGAAGGAGGACCAGGCAACAUCUGCAAACGCUUCCACAAGCACGCUCAGGGGACAAAAUGCUAG